AGAAGAAGCCAGGGUAGCGCAAGCAUCAUCCAUCUUCUGGGAAGCGCAGCCAUCUCUGAUCUAGGCAAGAAAAGAACGAACAUCAGCCAUCAUGGGAGCCGUUCUGGGAUUGUGCUCCAUGGCGAGCUGGGUCCCGUGCCUGUGUGGCAGCGCCCCCUGCCUGCUGUGUCGCUGCUGUCCCAGUGGAAAUAACUCCACCGUGACACGCCUCAUCUACGCCUUCUUCCUGCUGCUGGGAGUGGGCAUCGCCUGUAUUAUGUUGAUGCCCGGCAUGGAGGAGCAGCUGAAGAAGAUUCCAGGUUUCUGUGAAGGAGGGAUGGGUUCGUCCUUUCCUGGCGUGGAGGGUCAUGUCAACUGUGACGUGCUAGUCGGCUACAAGGCUGUGUACCGUGUUUGCUUUGGCAUGGCCAUGUUCUUUCUGCUCUUCUCUCUGCUCAUGAUCAAAGUCAAGAGCAGCCAGGAUCCCCGGGCUGCACUGCACAAUGGGUUUUGGUUCUUCAAAUUUGCUGCAGCUGCCGCGAUCACUAUUGGAUCAUUUUUCAUCUCAGAGGGUCCCUUCACUACUGUGUGGUUCUAUGUUGGCAUGGCUGGCGCCUUCUGCUUCAUCCUCAUCCAGCUGGUUUUACUCAUUGACUUUGCCCAUUCCUGGAACGAGUCCUGGGUGGAGAAGAUGGAGGAGGGCAACUCUCGCUGCUGGUAUGCAGCUCUGCUGUCCGUCACAGCAGUCAACUACCUUGUGUCUCUGGUGUCACUGGUCCUGUUCUACGUUUACUAUACCCACUCUGAUGGUUGCACUGAGAACAAGGUCUUCAUCAGUAUCAACAUGCUGCUCUGCGUCGCUGCCUCCGUCAUGUCCAUCCUGCCUCAGAUCCAGGAGUCUCAGCCCAGGUCUGGUCUGCUGCAGUCCUCCCUGGUCACCUUGUACACCAUGUACCUGACCUGGUCUGCCAUGACCAACGAGCCUGACAGGAAGUGUAACCCGAGCCUUCUGGGUAUUAUCGGGCUGAACAGCACCAGUCCUACAGGUCAGGACCAUGUGGUUCAGUGGUGGGAUGCCCAGGGGAUUGUGGGAUUGAUCCUAUUCCUCAUGUGUGUCCUCUAUUCCAGUAUUCGUAAUUCAUCCAACGCCCAGGUGAACAAGCUGACUCUGACCAGUGACGAGUCUGCUCUGAUUGAGGACGGGCCGCAGACUGACAGCUUUGAGGAAGGCAGCAGUCCGAACAGAGCUGUGGACAAUGAGAAGGACGGUGUCACCUACUCCUACUCUUUCUUCCACUUCAUGCUCUUCCUGGCUUCACUUUACAUCAUGAUGACACUCACCAACUGGUACAGCCCUGAUUCCAACUACGAGGCCAUGACCAGCAAGUGGCCAUCUGUGUGGGUGAAGAUCUCCUCCAGCUGGAUCUGCAUCGCCCUCUACGUGUGGACGCUGGUGGCUCCGCUGGUGCUGGUCAACAGAGACUUUGACUGAAACACAUGCUGUCCUGCUGCUCAUACACAUUCAUGCUCUGCACCUGUGUUUUGUUUCAGCAAAAUCAGUAAAGGAGAAGGUAGCUAACCCUGGGGCUGCGCUCAGACUGGCUGGAACAUUCAGGAUUGUUUAGUUUGGUGGCUGUGGCUCUGCUGCAGCUUCCUCCCUGCAGGGGCAAUGAAUGGAGAGCUAACAAAGAUGUUCUAUCUCUGAAAUGUCUCCCAGCUCUGACUGCAGCCCAGUCCCAUCUCCUAUAAUGUCCCUGUCAUUGUAAUGGUCUCCAUGCUGUUGCCAUUGUAAAUAUAUCCUGUGUAAUCCAGUUAGUGACUUUUUCUUUCACUAAAGACAGAGUUGCAUGCUUUUCCUUUGAAACUUGAUGUGACAUAAACAGUAGCUCUAUGUAAAGCUUUUAUGAGGUUGGUUUUGAUCUGUGCGCAGCAACAGUUGAACUUUGUAGUGUUACAUAUGAAAAUGCUGAUACAUGUAAAAUAACUGAAUUAUGAAUGAGCAGGACUCCAGCUGUGGCAACGAGAGAUCACUAACUAGUACCAUCACAGACAAGCAGUGCUGUUAAGUGUGUGUUUGUGUGUGGUAUUCUAGUCUAGUUCUAUCAAGUGUUAAAGCUCUAUCAACUGUUUGUUCACUCUGCAGUCUGCACACUCCUUAGCACAUACACAACAAAGGCAUUCCUGUUUUUGUUGGUUCUGAUUUGCUCUGAAUUUUGACUUUAAAUGUAAAAAUGAAAUGGAUUGUUUGAAACUUCUAGGUAAGUUAUUUGGUAUAUUUAGCAUGUAGUUUCUCACAGACUUAUUAAGUGUUCGUAUAUGUUUGUCACACCUGUGCUUUUAUCCUAAUUUGAUUUUUCCUCUGACAUGUAAAAGUAUAUUGUAACUCAUUUCAUAAAAUUUAGGGAAAAGAA